CCUCCGCCGCCUCAGCUUCCCGAGCGAGCCCUACGGCCGCCGGAGCAGCUCCCGCGGCGGAGCAGGAGCCGGAUGGUCAGAGGAGCCCGGCAGCCCCAGCAGCCGCGGAGUCGCCUGGCCCCAAGACUGACUGGCACAGUGGAGAAACCACCUCGAAAACGGAAAAGCAGGACUGAAUUUGCUCUUAAAGAAAUCAUGUCCUCUGGAGGUGCUGAAGAUGACAUCCCACAGGGAGAGAGGAAAACAGUUACAGAUUUUUGUUACCUUCUAGAUAAAUCUAAGCAGCUGUUCAACGGGUUAAGAGAUUUGCCACAAUAUGGGCAGAAGCAGUGGCAGUCUUAUUUUGGAAGAACUUUUGAUGUUUACACCAAACUCUGGAAGUUCCAGCAGCAGCACCGACAAGUCUUGGAUAAUCGGUAUGGCUUGAAGCGGUGGCAAAUAGGGGAAAUUGCUUCUAAGAUUGGGCAGCUAUACUACCAUUAUUACCUGCGCACAUCUGAGACCAGCUAUCUGAAUGAGGCUUUCUCCUUCUAUUCUGCAAUCAGACAGAGAUCAUAUUAUUCUCAAGUCAAUAAAGAGGACAGACCUGAGUUGGUAGUUAAGAAGCUACGAUACUAUGCAAGAUUUAUAGUAGUUUGUCUUCUCCUCAACAAAAUGGAUGUUGUAAAGGAUCUGGUGAAGGAACUCUCGGAUGAAAUUGAAGAUUAUACUCACCGCUUUAAUACUGAAGAUCAAGUGGAAUGGAACCUGGUACUUCAAGAAGUAGCAGCUUUCAUUGAGGCAGACCCUGUGAUGGUAUUAAAUGAUGAUAAUACCAUUGUUAUCACGUCUAAUCGCCUUGCUGAAACAGGAGCCCCAUUGCUGGAACAGGGCAUGAUUGUGGGACAGUUGUCUCUGGCUGAUGCACUCAUUAUUGGUAAUUGUAAUAACCAGGUUAAGUUCAGUGAACUAACUGUUGACAUGUUCCGGAUGUUACAAGCCCUGGAAAGGGAGCCAAUGAAUUUAGCUUCCCAGAUGAAUAAACCAGGAAUGCAGGAAUCAGCUGACAAGCCUACGAGGCGAGAAAACCCCCACAAGUACCUGCUCUACAAACCAACGUUCAGCCAACUAUAUACAUUCUUAGCAGCAUCUUUUAAGGAGCUGCCUGCCAAUAGUGUGCUUCUGAUUUACCUGUCAGCCACUGGCGUUUUCCCCACAGGUCGUUCUGAUAGUGAAGGUCCUUAUGAUUUUGGAGGGGUACUUACUAAUAGUAACCGGGAUAUUAUAAAUGGAGAUGCCAUCCACAAACGAAAUCAGUCCCACAAGGAAAUGCACUGCCUUCAUCCUGGAGAUCUCUAUCCCUUCACAAGGAAGCCCCUGUUCAUCAUUGUGGAUUCAUCCAAUAGUGUUGCUUAUAAGAAUUUCACAAACUUAUUUGGACAGCCACUAGUCUGCUUGCUUUCUCCUACAGCAUAUCCAAAAGCUUUACAAGAUCAGUCUCAACGAGGUAGCCUCUUCACUCUCUUUUUGAACAAUCCUCUAAUGGCCUUCCUAUUUGUCUCUGGAUUGUCAAGCAUGCGUAGAGGCCUAUGGGAAAAGUGUCAAGAAUAUCUUCGAAAAAUCAACCGCGAUAUUGCCCAGCUACUGACCCAUUCACGUUCAAUAGAUCAGGCAUUUCUCCAGUUUUUUGGAGAUGAAUUUCUUCGCUUGCUUCUCACAAGAUUUAUCUUUUGUUCAGCCACCAUGAGGAUGCACAAGAUUUUUCGGGAAACACGAAAUUAUCCAGAAUCAUAUCCACAACUGCCAAGGGAUGAAACAGUGGAGAACCCUCACCUCCAGAAGCACAUUUUGGAAUUAGCAUCCAUUCUGGAUGUGCGAAACGUGUUCCUUGAGAAUACCAUAGAUGACUAUUAAAACAAAAAUCCUCUGUUGAAGCAAGUUUUUAUUUGCCACAGAUUUUAAAUGGUGCAGUUUUCUAAUGUGAUGACAGACACAUAGUGGCGUUAUUUAGUUUUUAUUUUUCAAUUUAGGACCACCAUUUUAAAAACAAGCUGAAAAAAAUUGUUCAAACUUUUAGGGUAACUGUUUUAAAAUACAGUAGUUCAGGUCUUUUAAAAACUCGAUUAACCUUGGAAUUUUUAUUUUUGGGUUUUGAGGUACAGAUACUUACCUCUAACAUCUGAUCCUACAGUCAUAUAGUCACUAUUCUCACCCUGAGAAGAGUAAAUCAUUUAUUUUUGUAUAAUGAGGAAAACCCAACUCUUAUACUUGGACCUUAAAUGUGUGGAUUUGGAAAAUAUGUUAUUGUUCACAAAUAUGAAACUAGCCAGCAUGGACUACUAAGAAUCAAGAACAGAGCCCUUCCAUAAUAUUUCUUUUCAUUCCAAGUUAGUAGAUAGAAAAAUGUGUGAUUCUUUGAAGCCUAAUCAAGAUAGUUCUUAAAAGCAUUUAAUUCGUUUAAAUGCUGUCAAAAUUUCAGUAACUGUAUAGGAUUGAUUUGCAUCUGAAAAGCUGAAUCUCUAAUUGGGGUCUUGAGAUGAUACAUAUCAUUUGGAAUGUGUGAGUCCUGUGUUAUCAUAAGAUACGUUUGCAUAUUUUGUUUUCUUUGUAGUCUUUGAAUGCUGGAAGUGAAAAAGAAAAACUUAAAUCUUUCAGUCAAAAAAUCAGGUUGUCAUUUUCAUAAUACAGUGUUUCCAUAGGAAUUCCAUUUAAACUUUUAUUAAUUAAUGAGAUCAAGUUUAAAGACUGUCUAGGUUGAGGUCUGUGGUAUACAGUAGAGAGUUUGUAAUCUUUUUGCCUAGUUCAGAUUUAUGAAACUUCAGAGUUGUUACUAAUUUUAGUUGAGGGUAACUGAAUUGUUAUAUAAUUAAAAUGGAAGUUGCUUUUGCAUUGACAAUUUGGAAAUUAGGUUUUUUAAAACUCCUUAUAUUUACUAUUUUAUAUUUCAUGCACAAGUUUUUUAUUAUUUUAUAUAGGACUCAGUGUAUUAUAUAAAGAUUUUUGUGGUUUUUCUUCCCUUUCAUCCCCUUCAUAAUUUUACAGGUACUAGCUAUGAUUUCUUUCCCCUCUUUUGACUCCCCAGCAUUCAAGUUCAGAAAUCUAUGAAUCAAAAGCCCUUCUACCUAAUUUUCUGUACAGGCUCACAACUCUACCUCUGGCAGUCCCAGGGGAAAUGAGGUGUUUGCUUUUGGUGCCUCUUUCCUAUGUCCCUAGG